AAGCCGAGGCCUUAUAGAACUAUCAUCCUUUAUUAAUUAACGAUGUUUUAGGUUGUCAAUGUCCAUCCCCGAACCAACGGACGAUUAGCCCUACAGAUCAAGAAUUUCCGGUCCUUCAAAUGCCAUGUCUUUAGCAAAAGACUGCUACUGGUUCGUCUACAAGGAAAAAUGCAAGAGUUUCAAGUUCCAAUUCAAACAAAGAGAACCCUAGAUUCUCCCGCCCAUAAUUCGAAGGCCCCCAAAAUUUCAAAAUCUCAGGAAGAGGAAGACGAAGGGGAGGAAGAAGCAGAAUAUUGCAGAGAGAAAAUGACUGAAAACCCUAGAGUUCAGAGAUACUUGGUGGCUUUAGAAUACAUUGGAACUCGUUUUUCAGGCUCUCAGAAACAACCCAAUUGUAGAACUGUAAUGGGUGCUCUUGAGGAGGCCUUUCACAAAUUUAUUGGACAACCAGUGUCAAUUGCUUUCUCUAGUCGAACUGAUGCAGGAGUUCAUGCAUUGUCAAAUGUUUGCCAUGUUGAUGUGGAGCGCAUAAGCAAAAGGAAGCCUAAUGAAUUGUUGCCGCCUCAUGAACCUGGAGUUGUCAAAAGAGCUGUCAACCAUUUUUUGCAGAAGGAUGGAGGUGAUAUGAUGGUGAUCGACGUUCGGUUUGUCCCUCCAGAUUUUCAUGCUAGAUUCAUGGCCCAAGAGCGAACCUAUUUCUAUCGCUUACUCUCUAGCCCUGAGCCACUGUCGACAUUUGAGAAGGAAAGAGCAUGGCAUGUGCCCGAAGAUCUUGAUAUUCAUGCUAUGGGGGCGGCAUGUGGCGUCCUUGUUGGACAUCAUGACUUCUCUUCAUUUAGAGCUGCUGGUUGUCAGGCAAAAUCUCCAGUGAAAACCUUAGAUGAGCUUCAUGUCUCCGAAGUGCUUCCAUCUCCCAACUUUCCAACAGCUUUUGAGAGGACACACAAUAAUACUAUUGAAGAAACCAAUGCAUCGAAAAGAGAUGCAGCUGAUGAAGAAGAUUUGAAUGGUUCAAGAAAAUGCAGGCAAUUUGGUCAAAGGAGAACUCAUCAAUGUUAUGUGAUUACGGCAAGGGCAAGAUCCUUUCUCUAUCAUCAGGUUCGACUGCUUGUGGGGGUUUUGAAAGCUGUUGGCUCCGGGGUUUUAACAGUAGCUGAUGUUAAAUGUAUCCUAGAAGCGAAGGAUGUGACCGCUGCGAGUCCCAUGGCCCCUGCUUCUGGUCUCUAUCUUGGAAUUGUGAAAUACAAUUUUGAUUCAGAUGCGGAAAGGUAGUGUGUCUAUGAGAGAGAGAGAGAGAGAGAGAGAGAGAGACCAAAUUGUUACUAAGAACCCUGUUAGUGAAUGAUAAGCAUGACGAUUAUAGAAGGUUUUUGGGGUUGUUUCUAUAAAAGGGGUUUGUUUAUC